AAUCAAAACCUCGACCAUGAAUACUCAAUACCCAGCACCGUCAAGUUCACUUGGCUGGGAACCUACUUUUUCCUCUCUCUGGUCCUCACUCUCUACAACAAGCUGGUCCUUGGCAUGUUUCACUUUCCCUGGCUUCUAACGUUCCUCCACACUUCUUUCGCCAGUCUGGGAACAUAUGCCAUGCUGCAAAUGGGCUACUUCAAGCUCUCACGCCUCGGUCGUCGCGAAAACCUUUCCCUCGUCGCCUUCAGCGCUCUCUUUACCGCCAACAUUGCCGUUUCCAACCUGUCCCUGGCCAUGGUUUCUGUUCCUUUCUACCAGACAAUGCGCAUGCUUACCCCCAUCUUUGCCAUUGUCAUUUUCCGCGUGUGGUAUGGCCGAACAUAUAGCACAAUGACAUAUCUCUCUCUCGUUCCUUUGAUCAUCGGUGCUACUAUGACCACCGCCGGUGAAAUGAGCUUCUCAGACGCCGGAUUCCUCCUCACCAUCCUGGGUGUCAUUCUUGCUGCCCUCAAGACUGUUGUUACCAACCGAUUCAUGACCGGAUCAUUGGCCCUCCCUCCCGUCGAGUUCCUCAUGCGCAUGUCUCCCCUCGCCGCUCUCCAGGCUCUGGCCUGUGCCACGGCUUCUGGAGAGGUUGCCGGCUUCCGCGCGCUCGUCAGAAGCGGCGAAAUUAAUCUUGCGCCCGCGUCUGCUUCUCUUGCUGGCAACGGUUUCUUGGCGCUACUUCUCAACAUCUCAUCCUUCAAUACCAACAAGCUGGCCGGCGCCCUGACCAUGACCGUCUGCGGCAACCUCAAGCAAUGCUUGACUGUCAUGCUUGGUAUUUUCCUAUUCAACGUCAGUGUGGAUUUCCUCAAUGGCGCCGGCAUGGCCGUCACAAUGAUGGGAGCUGCCAUCUACAGCAAGGCCGAGCUAGACAACAAAAACAAAAAG